AUGUUCCGAGUCUGCGGUUAUUCUCGUUGGUGCUCUAAAGAGUGUCGCGCUAAGGCGCUAUGCUCGACCUGGUUACCGCGGAUACUGAUGUCAGUAUUUUUUUCGAACAGAAAAAAGAGCGAGUGUCGAUGUGGCGAUGGUUGA